AAUGAAACAACUGGAAAUAUGUGAUGCGUUACAUUGUAUCGUAUGCAUGUUCGAAAUAAACUGAAACUGAACUGAACUGAACUUCUUUGGCAUUGAAAUCAUUCCUGAUCAAGUCUUAAUUUACCGUCUUAUCUUAUUCUAUCUCAGUGCAAGUUUUAACUGGACAAUAACUUCCCCAUACAAAGCAUUUCAUGCAUGAUCUUUGCUUUUGAAAGCACAUAUCAGAGGAAGGGGUCUAAGCAAGAAUGUUGUCCCUCCUCCAGAAGUAGUAGUUGGGUGGUUUUAGGCAACCUAACCAGUUUUGUCCAGUUUCACUACAACUGUCUCCACUGCAGGUAAGCUGAUCCCCUUUUUCAGUGUGAAUGUCCAGCUGCAGGUUUUGCACUAAUUUUCGUCUUUUAUAUCGUAGCUAUUGAAACUUUUGAAGUCAUGCCGGCGUCAAUGAUGCAAGAUGAGGUGUUUAGGGCUUUCAGCACUUACGCACUCAUUGUUAUCCUGAAGAUGAUGAUGAUGUCGUUUGUUACAGCAUAUUACCGCAUAACCAGAGGGGCCUUUGCCAAUGAGGAAGACGUAGGCCGUAGGUCUGCGGAGGAGAAGAAGAAGAAGAUGCUGAGAACCGAUCCAGAAGUAGAGCGAGUUCGAAGAUGUCACCUGAAUGACUUGGAGAACGUCGUUCCCUUCGUGCUGGUGGGAUUUUUCUACGCUUUGAGCGGACCGGAACUCUCGUCUGCUCUGCUACACUUCCGCGUAUUCGCCGGCGCUCGGAUCUUCCACACCGUCUCCUACCUCGGCCAUCUCCCACAACCCUGCAGGGCUCUGUCUUUCUUCCUGGGCCUUCUGGUCACCCUCUCCAUGGCGUACAAUGUUCUCAGUAAUGUUUUUGCUAUCUGAUGAUGACGGCAGCAGACCAACAAGACCACUCAGCUUAGUGCUUCACUCUCAGGUUAAAUUUGCUUUGUUGUUCAAGAUUUUGAACAUGAUUUGUAAUAAUUAUUCAUGAAACACAGUUGAAAAUACCA